UCUGGAAGACGAUUCAGCGCGAGACAAUCCGGUUCGCCCGGAGGGCUGGGUUGGCUUGCUGAUGGCAAAUUCCUUCGUGCUUGCUGGGCGGUGUAUAUGAUGUGUGCCGAAUACAGGGCCUCUGGUUCUUUGGUUUUUUCUUUUUCCCCAUGGCGGCCAAGCGGUGGGCUCUCAGUGCAAGACCUGCUGUUCACGCCGGGCAAGUGAAGGUCGAGGUCGUUUCGGGUAUGCUCGAUCCUAGUGGGAUGGUGCUCGUGGCCGCCGGCGUGAUAUGCAUUUCUUCGGCAUCUUGGUGCCAAGAGAAUACGAGCUGUCUUGUCUUUUGCUUGAAGAAUUGUAAAGAGAUAGAGAAAGGAACUCACUCGAGGUUCAGAUGGGUUGAAUUUGGCGGCGAGAGUCGAAUUGGAGAGCCGCGGAACUUGACGCGUCUAGAUGUCAUUUUCUUCUCAGUCGGACGAGGUGAGGCGGCAAUGCGGUGCCGCAGUCUCUGCCUGCGGUAUCGAGACCGAAAGACGCUGCCAUCACAGGUGACGAGAGACAGGAGAUCAGAGCAAGACGCGGUGGAUGCGCUCAUCCGAUUGCCAUGCCAGUACGCAUAGCGUCAGCUUCCUGGGAAGCCGUCGGCUGGAAUGAGUGACAUCUUAGGAGGAUCAGCGAGGCCGUCCGUGACAGAUCGAUGG